AUGGCUGGAGGCAACCACACCCCGGUGACCCAGUUCGUCCUCCUGGGCCUGACCAAGGUGUUCUUGCUGGCCGUCAUGGCCUACGACCGCUACACCGCCAUCUGCAACCCCCUUGUCUACGCUGUCUCCAUGUCCCAGAAGGUCUGCGUUCGGCUGGUGGCUGGCUCUUAUGUCGGGGGGGUCUUGAACUCACUCGUCCAAACGUGCUGCUUGUUGCCCUUGCCCUUUUGUGGCCCCAACGUCAUCAACCAUUUCUUCUGCGACACCAACCCCCUGCUGAAACUCACCUGCUCCGACGACCGCCUCAACGAGCUUCUGCUCGUCACCUUCAAUGGGACCAUCUCCAUGUCCGCCCUCUUCAUCAUCAUCAUCUCCUACCUCUACAUCCUUUUCUCCAUCCUGAGGAUCAGGUCAGCCGAAGGGAGGCACAAAGCCUUCUCCACCUGUGCCUCCCAUCUCCUGACCGUCACCUUGUUCUACGUGCCCGCAGGGCUCAGCCACAUGCAACCGGCCUCCAAGUACUCCCUGGAGAUGGAGAAGGUCACCGCCAUCUUCUACACCCUCCUCGUCCCCAUGCUCAACCCUCUCAUCUACAGCCUGAGGAACAAGGAUGUCAAGGAGGCACUUAGGAAGGCCACGGCAAAUAAAGUUUUUGUGAGGUGCCUGUUGGCCAAACCGACCCCAAUUAGUUGA